AUGCCUCUGCUGACAGUGUUCAAACCUUUUUUUGUGAGCCUCAACCACCCACGCUCUGUGACAAGACAUGAACAAUUUGUUCUACAGGCGACAGUCUACAACUAUCUCCCACAGAACCUCACGGUGAGCGUGUUUUUAAAACCAGACCCCGCGUUCAAGUUUAUCAAGAUAAGUAAAAACGGAACAGAGAACUUAAUUGAUGAAAACGUUGAGGUUAAUCUUCAGGUGGGUUCCAACCAGCAAGGUGUGACCUACUUCCCAAUCCUGGCAUCUGUGGCUGGGGCACUGGACCUGGACGUGUCUGCCAAAUCUUCAAUGGCGGCUGACGCUGUACGAGGUCAGGUCAAUGUCAAGUUAGAGGGGGCGCCACUCACGUUCAACAACCCUGUCUACGUCACGCUCAACUCCAGCACGAGUUUUGUCAAGUCCCUGAACAUCACCUUUCCUACAGGUGUGGUACCUGGGUCCAAGAGAAUCAGGGCCGCCGUUACAGGUGAUUUGCUCGGCUCAAGUUUAAACAGUUUGUCUUCACUCCUGACGAUCCCCACCGGAUAUGGUGAUACAAACUUGUUCAUGUUCGCGCCAAAUCUCUACAUGGCUAAAUACCUCAACGUCACAAAACAAACCAGGACAUCCUAUUACAAGGAGGCCAUACGCGGCUUGGAGGAAGGCUUUCAAAGUCUGUUGACAAUCAAAAGAACAGAUGGAAGUUUUAGCAGAGGGGGAGAUGGAGACCGAACAGGAAGUGUAUGGCUUACCGCCCUUGCGAGUCGUGCUGUCCACGAGGCAAGCGUCUACAUCAAUGUGGACAGCACCUUGAUGUCGAUGGCAACCUCGUGGCUAAUUGAACGACAGAACUCGGACGGUUCCUUCAAGGAAUUCUCGAAAAUUCUGGACAAAAAAGCACAGGGAUCAGUACCAGCUUUGACAUCGCUUGUGAUGUUGAGUAUUCUUGAGAACAACGAUCACACACAUGAGAAGACUUGUAGAACUACAAAUCUCUGCUAUUUCCGCAAGAGUAUGCUCAAUGCCACGUCCAGAGCCCUAGAGUUCCUGGAGCGGAUGGUGGAGCAGGAUGCACUGAAUGACCCCUACACUCUGGCAGUGGUCAGCUAUGGGCUAGCGAAGUCUGGCAGCACAAAGGCGAACCUCGUCUUUCGAAAACUUUUAGCCUUGGGUGUUCGUGAAGGCGGCUUUCUCUACUGGAGAGCGGACAGUUCAGACGAAGAGCAGCUAGAACAUCCGUCAAGAUGGCGUCCAGUCCACAAGCAGGCCAGGUCUGCUGACGUCAUCAUCACAUCCUACGCCGUGUUGACCUUCGUGACCCUGGGUCGUCUGGAGGAGGCGGUCCCUGCAGUCACGUGGCUGACGUCACAGAGAAACCCACUAGGAGGCUUCGUCUCCACCCAGGACACAGUAACCGGACUCCAGGCCCUGGCAGAGUUUGCGACACAGUCCCUGAGACCCGACACAUCUGUGUCUGUGACAGUCGACGACACAAUGACACGUACAACGUUUACAGUCAACCAAGACAACUCACUAACUCUUCAGACUAGAGAGCUGUUUGAGUCGCCAGCCAAGAUUGUAAUCAAUGCCGCCGGAAAGGGAAAUGCCUUGGUUGAGGUAGCUACCAGCUUUAACAUAGAAGAGGAGCUGUUAUCUCAAUCGUUUGAUGUGAAAGUUGUGGUGCUGGAUGACGAGGUAAACAAGCUGAGGAUGAUGGUAUGCACAAGAUUAUUGAGUCAGAGAAGCGCCGGUCUGGUAGUCCAAGAAGUGGGAAUACCUUCAGGGUUCCAGCCAGAUCUCACGGCUGUAGACAACGUCGCCGGGCUCGUCAAGACGGAGGUCAAGGGAAACUUUCUCGACGUCUACUUGGAUGAGAUUGGCAAGUCUACCCUGUGUUAUACCCUCUCUAUGGUUAGAGUGGCCAAGGUGGCAAGGUCACAAAAAUGUUACGUGAAAACAUACGACUACUAUGAAACAGGCAACCAAGCGACCGUGUUUUACGAGCCUCAAGCUAUCAAAGAGGCCGGCAUUUGUGACGUGUGCAAGGGUUGUUUCCCUUAUCAGAUCUGUCGACUGACAGUCGGAGAUAGAAACAUUUAAAGGGUUGCUUCCCUUAUCAAAUCUGUCGACUAACACUCGGAGAGACAAAUAACUAAA